AUGAUUGCCUUGUUAAGUUGUCGUAGUCUACGUCAUGGUCAAUUCUUUACGGUUCGUGACAGGAUAUACAGCGAUGACAGUGCCGUUGAUGCUAUAUUUGCAAGCGCUCACAACCAUUGUUUUGUUAAUUAUGGCAGUGACAAUUGCUUCAAGAAUCUGAUACAAAAGAAAGAUCUUCUUGAAUUUGAUCAAAUUCUUUGUAGCGGGGUUCCACAGGCAUCAUUGUUUGAGAAAGUAUAUAGCAGGAGUCCUGCAACUUUCAGCUAUGAUUUUGCAUAUGCCAUGAUCAAAAUGGGAAAUAUCAAUCCUCUCUUUGGAACUACUGGGGAAAUUAGGAAAAUCUGCAGUGCCGUCAACUAA